AUGAAGAUGAGUCAUGAGGAAGCAAUUGAAAUGUACGAGGAACUUGUAGAGAAUUCGCAGCAAUUUAAUACAAGGGGACGCCAGACUAAAAGGAGUGCAUAUGCAAUAAGUGGUAACGAUGGUCUGCAAGUGGAGAUGCCUUCCAUGAACAAGAAUACCGAAGCACUAAUCAAGACCUUAUCGCCUCAGAGUUCUCAACAAGCUUUCAAGUCUAAUAUAAAGAGCAAGUCAAUUUUGUUGGACAAGAAGGGUAUUCUUCGAAGCACAAUCCGGACUGCUCCAGGAUUCUCCAAACUUAAGAAGUCGUCUUUGGAGGAUAGCAUAACUGCUCUUGCACAAAGUCAGCUUGCGUUUCAACAAAGUACCCAAGUUUUCCAGCAACAAACACAAGCUGCUAUUCAGACUAUUCAAGCUUCACUUCAGAAAUUGGAAAUUCAAGUGGGGCAGCUUGCUAGUACAGUAAAUGAAAGAGAGAAAGGCAAAUUUCCAAGUCAACCCAUAGCUAAUCUGAAAGGUGUAUAUGAGAUCAGCUCUAGUUCGAAUCAUCACCCAUCACAUGAGAAAGUCAAGUCCAUCACCACACUCAAGAGUGGCACACAAGUGGAUAAUAAAGUUCAAAUGGCAAAGGAGGAUCGAGAGACCAACGUGGAAAAGAAUGAAGCGGUGGAUGUAAAGGGUAAAAAUGCUCAAGCCAAAGAAAGAUCAUCAUUAUUGUUCAAAAAGGUCCAUAUCAAUAUUCCACUACUCGAGGCUAUCAAGCAAAUCCCUUCCUAUGCCAAAUUUCUCAAGGGUCUUUGUUCACAUAAGCGCAAGUUGAACGGCGAAGAAAAGGUUUUUCUUACCAAGAAGUUGAGUGAUAUCUAUCUAUGGAAAAAUCCAUCGAAGCUUCAGGACCCUGGAAUUCCUACACUAUCUUGUGUCAUUGGGAGUCAUAAAUUCGAAAAAGCAUUGGUUGAUCAUGGAGCAAGCGUGAAUUUAAUGCCAUAUUCAAUUUAUGUGGAAUUGGUUCUCGGGGAACUGAAACGAAGCCCAAUUACAUUGGAAUUUGUUGAUGGAUCUGUGAAGAGGUCAUGUGGUGUUAUUGAAGAUGUGUUAAUGCAGAUUGACAAAUUUUAUUAUCCGAUGGACUUUAUUGUUCUUGAUACAGGGCCUGUGCAUUAUUCAUCUACUAAAAUUCCGAUUAUUCUUGGACGUCCCUUUCUAGCUACUGCAAAGGCUAAUAUUCAAUGUGACACUGGAGUUUUAACUUUGUGUUUUGGGGAUAUGAAGGCUCAAUUUGACUUGUAUCCUGCUCCUGGCCUUUAA